AAACCAAAAACCCUGACAUGGGUUAUCUGAGCAAAGCUUCCAAGACCUUGAGACAGUCAAAAUACCUAUCCGUUUCCCUGUUAUGCAAUUUGACCCCAUUAACCAACAGAAUAACCCAUCAACGCUUUGCUCUGACCCGUGCACUGUUUUGUUCCCAGUCACGCCAAAAUAGCGCCAAAGAGAAAAGCCCCAUAGAUUUGAGUCAGUACCCUCCAGAGCUCGUCAGAAACUUCUCAAUCAUUGCGCACGUUGAUCAUGGCAAGUCCACCCUUGCUGAUCGUCUUCUAGAACUCACUGGAACCAUUAAGAAAGGUCACGGCCAGCCUCAGUAUCUUGAUAAAUUGCAGGUGGAGAGAGAAAGGGGAAUCACAGUUAAAGCCCAGACAGCAACAAUGUUCUAUAAGAACAGCAUAAAUGUUGAUAAUUGUAGUGAUGGAAAGGAGUCACCUAAAUUUUUGCUGAAUCUUAUUGACACUCCUGGGCAUGUGGAUUUUAGUUAUGAAGUGUCAAGGUCACUGGCAGCUUGUCAGGGUGUGCUUCUUGUUGUUGAUGCUGCUCAAGGAGUCCAGGCACAAACCGUUGCUAACUUUUACCUUGCAUUUGAGUCUAACCUUACAAUUGUACCUGUCAUAAACAAGAUUGACCAGCCAACUGCUGAUCCAGAUCGUGUUAAAGCCCAAUUGAAAUCGAUGUUUGAUCUUAACCCAAGUGAUGCACUGCUAACAUCUGCUAAAACUGGGAAGGGUCUUGAGCAAGUUCUUCCUGCAGUCAUAGAGCGCAUACCCCCACCUCCUGGGAGGAGUGAUUCUCCUCUACGCAUGCUUUUACUUGAUUCAUAUUAUGAUGAAUACAAAGGGGUAAUAUGCCAUGUUGCUGUUGUUGACGGUGCCCUGCGCAAAGGGGAUAAGAUUUCUUCUGCAGCUACUGGUCAGUCAUAUGAAGCUUUGGAUAUAGGCAUCAUGCAUCCUGAACUCACACCUACUGGAAUCUUGCUUACUGGACAAGUUGGUUAUGUUGUAAGUGGCAUGCGGUCAACCAAAGAGGCACGUGUUGGAGAUACAAUUUACCAUGCUCGGAGCAUGGUAGAGCCACUUCCAGGCUUCAAGCCAGCAAAACAUAUGGUAUUUUCUGGUCUUUAUCCAGCUGAUGGAUCUGAUUUUGAAGCACUCAAUCAUGCAAUAGAGAGGCUGACAUGCAAUGAUGCCAGUGUCUCUAUUACUAAAGAAAGUAGCACUGCUCUAGGUCUGGGGUUCAGGUGUGGAUUUUUAGGCCUUCUACACAUGGAUGUUUUUCAUCAACGACUUGAACAGGAGUAUGGAGCUCAUAUUAUCUCAACUGUUCCUACUGUGCCAUAUAUAUUCGAGUAUUCUGAUGGAAGCAAAUUAGAAGUUCAAAAUCCUGCUUCAUUACCCUCUAAUCCCAAGCAACGAGUGACAGCCUGUUGGGAACCUACAGUAUUAGCUACUAUAAUCACUCCUAGUGAGUAUGUGGGACCUGUUAUUACCCUUGUCUCUGAGCGUAGGGGUCAGCAAUUGGAGUACUCAUUCAUUGACAGUCAACGGGUAUUCAUGAAGUAUCGCCUGCCUUUGAGGGAAAUCGUCAUUGACUUUUAUAAUGAAUUGAAGAGUAUAACAUCAGGCUAUGCAUCAUUUGAUUAUGAGGAUUCAGACUAUCAACAAUCUGAUCUAGUGAAACUUGAUAUUCUCUUGAAUGGUCAACCAGUUGAUGCGAUGGCAACCAUUGUUCAUAACAUGAAAGCAUAUCGUGUUGGGCGUGAACUGGUGGAGAAAUUGAAGAAAGUCAUAGACAGGCAAAUGUUUGAGAUAAUCAUACAAGCUGCCAUUGGGUCAAAAAUUAUAGCAAGGGAGACGAUUUCCGCACUGAGGAAAAAUGUUCUUGCCAAGUGUUAUGGUGGUGAUGUUUCUCGAAAGAGGAAGCUAUUGGAGAAGCAAAAGGAAGGAAAGAAGCGAAUGAAACGUGUUGGUUCUGUUGAUAUACCACAAGAAGCAUUCCAUGAACUAUUGAAGGUUUCAUAGUUCCCAUGUCUAAAGAUAAUUGCAGAUUAGACAUUGGUUUUGUAACAUUGUGCCUGCACAAAACUCUAUGUUGUGCAAUUUGCUAGGGAGAGAGGGCUACAUUAAACAAUAACAGAAAUGGUGAAAGCAAUUUACUUGGCUGUUUUCAUGGAAAACUCCUAUGUGGCUUUUCAAAUCGAUCUCACUGAUUAGUGAAAAUAACAAAAAUUUAUUUCUAACAGUUGAAUCUGUAUUCUUCCAUUUAUUGAUUUUAUAUGAUGGAAUCUCAGAUGUUGAUUUCUUUCUGAUAAAGUUUUGGGUAGGAGGAAACGAAUUAUUGUCUUAUAGUUCAUCUCAGCCACGAUCUUUUGU